AUGAAUAUUGUUCGUCGACUUGUUGGGCGUCACCAACAGGCAGAUGAAAGCAACACACAAGACAAUGCGUUGGGUUUGAUGCAUUUACGUAAACUAUGUGUAGAAUUAUGUUAUGCAGCGCAACCCACAACAGCCAAAGAACAAGAAGAGAAGGUUUAUAUGAUGCUGCCAUUGUUCUGCAAGGUCUUUGGAGCUUCUCCUGCGAGUGAUAUGAUCAAUAAAUUCAGCGAUGUUCUUCAGUUUGCCAGUCAUGUGUCUAAACUGUUUGUAACAGAGAUAAGAAGAAGGGCAUCUAAUCAAUCCACAGAGGCAGCCAGUUGUUCAAUUGCUGACUAUCUUGAAAUACAGAGUACAGAAGAGAGUAGUACGGGCUGGAUGUUGUUGAGUACGUUAAAUUUACUUGCAGCUGGCGGUAAAACUGUUGUGGACGUUAUGACAGCUGCAUCUGUACCGUCUACACUUGUCAAGUGUCUUUAUUUGUUUUUUGACUUACCACCAGUACCAGAACAGGAAGCCAAUCAACAAUCGCCUGACUCUGAAUUUACCCCAAUUGAAAGACGAGUUCUUUUACAGAAAAUAUGUGUUCAGUUACUGGUUAGGUUAUGUAGCCAUGUUGCUCCCGCUGAAGAACUUGCUCGUAAAGAUGAUUUGACGUUACUGUUCAGUGCUAUAACUAGUUGGUGUCCUCCGCACAAUGUUCCGUGGAGGAAGGGUGCAGCGGAAGUGUUAGUAACGUUGUCCCGGCAUGGAUUGAGUCAAACUGUUGUCCACUACAUUCAUGCGAAAGGAUGCAUUGCAUUGUGUCUGGAUAACAUGCAAAGAGAGCAAGCUCUAUCUCCUUUAGAUAUUGUAGAGAUGUUUGUUACAGUCUUCUGUUUUUUAAAAGAUUCCAGUGAAGUUUCCAACGUUUUAUUAGAUGAUUUUCGAACCUGUCAAGGCUAUUUAUUUUUAACAGAUUUUAUGCUUAGACUUGAGCAGAUGAAGACAGAUGAAUCAGGAGAUGCGUUACGUAAUUUAGUUUUAUUAGUGUCCUCACUGACAUUGUGUGGAUUUGUAGAGUUGAAGCCAAGCACUGCUACCAAUGGAGCACCAUUUCAACAGCCAGGAUUUACAGUACCGCAACCUACAGGCCGAGGUGUGAGCGUUCGCAACAUGCAAGCCUUCCAAGUUCUACAGACAGUCUUCCUUAAGGCGCAGACAACCCAGCUGUGUAGUACCAUAUUAGAUGUUGUCUCCACUGUAUAUAACUCAGAUAAUGCAAAUUAUUUUAUUUUGGAAUCACAAAAUACGAUAUCGCAGUUUGUAGAAAAAAUACACACCAAACCCGCUGAAAUACAGGAAAAAUUGUUUGAAUUAAUAGAAUUUGUUGUGAUGCAUCUAAAUUAUGUACCGUGUAAAGAGCUCAUCAGUGUCAGUAUACUCAUCAAAACACAAGAGUCUAUAGAUUGCUCUAUAGCUGCCAUGAAGAGUUUACUACUAAUCUUAAAAUACAGUGCAAUAUAUAAAGACGUUUACAGAGAAGUUGGUUUAUUGGAAGUUAUGGUGACGUGUUUACAUCGAUAUGCGGCAUUAUUAAAAGACCCUCAGAUGGAACCAGUAGUAGAAGAUGGUUCUGUGUAUACGGUUGAGGUCGAUGAAAACCAACAAACGCUAGCUUUUUUAACGAUGGAUGCAAUGACAAUAUUACUCAGUGUCAAUGCUAAUAAUGCGAGUGUAUUUAGAGAGAGUGGCGGUGCUCGAUGUAUCCAUAAUUUAGUACCGUACUUACAAUGUAGAAAACAGUCGUUAGCCAUUGUGCAGCAGUUAGUGUUAUCUAGUGGCGGUGAUGAUGAUAUGGGUACACUGCUAGGUAUGAUGCACUCGGCACCACAAACAGCAUUACAAUUCAAGACAGAUAUACUACAGGCCCUAUUAUUUGUCUUAAGAGACAGUCAUCGCUGCAGAACUGUUUUUAGAAAAGUUGGUGGAUUUGUUUACGUUAUGUCUGUAUUGGUUUCCAUGGAAGGUUGCUUAGCACAGCCUCCCAAUGCUCCCUGGGAUACUGCCAAUUCAGAUUCUGUGUUACAGUUAUUACAUAUAGUAUUCCAGACUUUGACGUCAGCUAUGAGACAUGAACCCGCUAAUGCUAAGUUCUUCGCCUCAGAAGUGCGAUAUGAGAGUUUAACCGAUGCCAUCAGGUUACUAGGAUGUUUUGACACAGCUACUGAGUUAGAAUCACCAUUUCAUAAUAACCAGCUGUCUGAUUUACCGUCCAAUACUCAACCAUUCUGUGAUGUAUUUGAUGUGGAAAAAGUCAAUAAUGAGACAAUAGGACCCGACUUGAGGUCGGCGUGUCUGCUGUUCAGAUGUCUCUAUGACAUGGCAAUUGAUGCUUUUGAAAGUAAAUCAGCAGAAACAUCCAUCAACUCACCAGCUGUCUCGAGACACGUACACGAUGCAUUUACUCCAAAACCUUCACCACCUGCUUCACCAAUGAGAAAACCACAAACGCUAUCCACCACAUCAAAUAGAUCAACAUCAGGAUUAAAAUCACCAGUACGAACACCCGUAUCAUCAUAUUCCACAGCGCCCUCUCAUCCAACUAUUGUCCAUCCCGGUGCUGUCAUUUCUAUGGUAGAUCUAUUGCCAGCUGUACACUGUGAUCAAGACAAGAAGAAGGAGAUAGCUUUACAGAUGCAUGUUGCCGAUGUUAUUGAAGAUUUAGUGAAAAGUGAGAGGAACCAACAGGUGAUGUGUGAGGCAGGGUUGCCACAGCAACUACUGCGACGAUGUGCUGUUGCUCUUGCUGAAGAGGAGCAUCUACUUCACCGAUAUUUACAACAUACCCUAGAGAGAUUAGCGUCUCAGGCAUUGGAACCUAAAGAUCUUAGAGAUUUCCUCCGGCUUGGUAAACCACUCUGUUGCAUGGCAUGGGAUGAAAAGCACGGCGAAGGAGACUGUGUACCCCUCACGAGGGUCAAGUGUUUGGUUUCCAUGACAACACCUAGAGAUGUACGCCUACAUGGUGCUUCAGUCACGCCUUCUUUUGUUGAGUUUGAUAUGAGUGCGGAGGGUUUUGGAUGUUUGUAUCUACCAAGUAUAGCCCCGCAGCAACCGCCAAAUGUAACAGUUGUGUCAGUACCCGGUGUUGUUGGUGGAAUGGAAAAUAGCGUAAUUGGAGGAAUUGGAUCAGGCGAACGUUUAUUUCCUCCUCAGUCUGGUUUGACGUACUCAGUAUGGCUAUGUGUUGAUAGAUUCAGCUCGCCAAUUGCCGAUCCACACCCAGUACGAUUACUUACGAUAUUAAGGAACAUCGCUGCCAGUGAUAACCACUUCAUGUCCUUGUCAAUCAGUCUCGCUGCUCAAGAUAGAACGCUGGUUGUCAGUACGCAGGAAGGAAGAUUGCAACCAACAGCCACUAGUAAGUCACACAACAGUUUACAAUAUGAAUCUGUUGCCAAGUUUUGGAUUCCUGAAUUGGCCCAGGAAGGACAAUGGAAUCACCUUGUUGUAGUGCUCAACAGAGCUGUGUUGAAGAAUAGCUCGGUAUCAGUCUUUCUUAAUGGAAAUCUCAUGAAAACUCAAAAGCUUCAUUACAUACAAGCCAACCCGGGUGGAGGAACAUCAAGUCCCACUAACAUCCAGUCAAUAUAUGCAUUUGUUGGUACACCCCCAGUUCAACAUUGUCCAUCACGGUUGCUAUGGCGACUGGGUCCUGCUCAUCUCUUUGAGGAUGUCUUUACUAACUCCAUCGUGAUGGCUAUACACCACUUGGGACCUAACUAUGUUGGAAGUUUCCAAGCUCCUCAUCACCAAGGUAAAGUUUUUGACACAAGUUUGUCUCAGAUUUCAGAAGAGAGAUUACUAUUCGGUAUCCAUGCUCAUGCUCUAUCUUUACUGACUGUUGCUAAGAUACGAAAGGUCUACAAUAAAGUAGACAGCAAAGCUGUAGCUAAACAGCUUGGCUUGUCUACGAGCGAAAAUGCCACGCCCAUUAGGAUUCUGCACAACUCCUGCGGUCAUCUGAAUGGUCCUGCCCGAACACUGGGUGCAAUAUUACUCGGCAAUAUUGGUGUCAGAACAUUCUGUCCCAAACCGGUUGCUCGUACACUUGAAAAUGUUGGUGGGUCAGCGGCGUUACUUGGGUUAAUUGCCAUGGCAACAGAUGUGGAAGGAUUGUAUGCUGCGGUUAAAGCUUUGGUUUGUGUUGUCAAGAAUAAUGGACCAGCACUUCAGGAAAUGGAACGAACGCGAGGUUAUCAGAGAUUGGCGAUGUUGUUAAAGAAGAAAAAGCAUUUGUUAAACAGUCACAUACUACACUUGACCUUUUCGUUGGUUGGUACAGUUGACAGUGGCAGAGAAAGUACUAUUAUACCUAAUGCUGUAGCGUUUGAAGAUUUACUCUGUGACAUGGAGGUGUGGCACAAUGCUCCGUAUGGGCUUCAGAAGUCGCUCUUUGAACAUUUCUGUGAAUUGCUCACCGAAUCAAGUGAAGCAGAACAGAACAAGAUCCUGAUGCGGAAACUCAAUGUUGUACAGAGACUGCUGUUUGUUUUGCAUGAUACUACACUCUCUCAAAGCACUAUAAAAGCAAUGGCAAAUGUAAUCACAGUGUUACUACAAAGCAGUGGUACAGAAUCACACCUAUUAAGGUUUGGUCAGUUCUUGGUUUCCACUUUACCGUCUUAUUCUGUCAGUGAAAAGUUUAUAACAGUAGAAAGUUUAGCAGCAGUUGGUCCUGACAACAUCAUUGAAGAAGACUGGGGUGGUUUAGUGUCAGCACGGAAUAUAAAACUCAGAAAUACUUUACUGGAAAUAUUUAUACAUUUGCUGACUCAUCAGAAAUCACAAAUUGUUUUGCACACUGCGGACCAUCUUCAAAGGGUACUUGGAUUUGACUGGUUAUUACUUUUCAUGCAAGGUCACCUACACUCAACAACUGUCAUUCAAGCAUUACGGAUUUUACUACUCUUAUUGUCCAGUCCUACCACUAUGCAGAGGUUUAAAGAUGGCGUCCACGGUGGAGGCUGGUUGGAUGGUACCGAGCCUGUAUUACACAAUAGGAUGGGUGUUGUCUUAGGAUUCAACGUUGGUACACCGAGUGGUGGAAGCAGACAGUCAAACCGUGAGAUCAAUUUAGAAGCUUGUCAUCUUCCUGGUUUUGCAAUGUUACAGUGUUUACUGCCAAGACAUGCCAAUAUACCACAGCUGUAUUUCUUACUGAUGGCACUACUACUAGGGCACUCUAAACACACUGUAAAAGACAACCUAGAGGUCAGUCUAGUUAAUUGUCAGAAUGAGGAAGACGCAUGGAUGAUUGAAUAUCCUGUUACUUUGAUUCAGUUCUUGUUAUUCCUCUACCAUAAUACAGCAGACAUAGUUCCUCUCUGUAUGAGUGGUGAUUUUCUCUGUGGAUUGGCUGCUACACUUUUCCCGAUUAGACCAAAUUCUGAUCAGGUUAGUGAAACUGGAAGUGAGUUGUCUUCGCCAGCCGAUGAUUACAGGUUAUGGUCUGGAUCAGAGGUGAAUGUAAGAACACCGAUAGAAAGAGGCAACUCAAUACCAGGAAUUUUGACAACUCACCCAGCAAGGAAGUUUGUGUUUGAUUUCUUGCGAGUGAUUGUAGUUGACAGUCUGUCUCUACCACAGCCAAGUAAAGGAGCACCAGUGUUGGAUUUAUUACUUGAGGCAUCUCCAGAGCGAGCAAGCCAUGCUUUAGUACGAGAGUUUCAGACUGAAGUAAUGAUGAAUUUAAUGGACCAUUUACUGGCGGCAGAUGCUUUGCUGGGAGAAGAAGCAGCUCUACCAAUCACCAUUGGUGGCAGUUACAGCAAUUUGGUUCAGAAUAUCUUCUAUUUCACAUCACGAGUGGUAGAUAAGUUAUGGCAAGGUGUGUUUGCAAAAGAAUCUAAAGAAGUAUUUGAUUUCAUAAGCAAACUGUUAGCACAGGCAAAAAGAAGAUCUACUGGUAUCUCCCUGGAUCAAAUCUAUCAUUGCUUAAAUAGGACUGUAUUAUAUCAGCUCUCAAGACCACAUAAUAAUGUUGCUGAUCAAAUGGCACUGUUAGAUUCCCUGCAUAGGCUUACCAACAGCCGUAAUCUUGUCUUUGGGCCAGGAAAUUAUGAACCAGAAUUCAUUGCUUGCCUUUGUCAUUGUCUGUUCUGUCUGACAGAUCAAGUGAGUUUGAGUGUUGGAUCACUCGCUUCAUCGGCCACGGAUGCUGGAUCCAAUAGAAAUACAUUAUGGCAUGUGGAUACGAUGGCUGACGAUGACGAAGACUCGCCAUCGUACACUUCCAGUGGCAGCCUGAAUAACGAGAGCAGUACCUCUCAAGAAGCACAGUUACUUGUCAGGAAUGCAGCUAAAAGAGUCUGGGAUGAACUCAUAACAUGUAAAAAAGCUGUUAUUGAGGAUAUAUUCAAGGUUACUUUGCCUCAAAGUAUCACUGUGGCCAAUCAUGGGUCACCAGCCAGACAAGUGCAUACUGUUGAUCUUAACAUCGCCAGGUCUGGUAUGUCCGAUGUAGCUGCCAAGAUGUGGAACAAUUACAUAGCAAGUGAGAAAAGAAAUUUAGCCAGAGAUAUAACCCAGCAAAAUCAAUCAAAACUAGCUAAAGUUAGCAGUGGUUUACAGCGACUAACAAGUAGAGCUGGUAGGAGUCGAAAAGAUCUCUCAAAUAUCAAACAUAGUCUGUCUUCAGUGCAGGAGGCCAAUAUGUGGAUGUUCACUCAUAUAACAGUAGUUAAGGACUUUGUAGAGUUAAUAUAUAAGCAAUAUCAGCAGAGCCAGCAACAUAUGCAGAGAUAUAUCUAUGAUGAGUCGCAGACAGAGACUGAAUUGACACGAGAACGUGGGUUAUGGGGACCACCGAAAGGAUCCAGGUUAGACAAAUGGAUGCUGGAUAUGACAGAGGGGCCAUGUAGGAUGAGGAAAAAGUUGGAACGUAAUGAUAUGUUCUAUAUUCAUUAUCCACAUAAAAUGGACCAAGACUCAAAUGGCAAACCAUCCAAGUACAGAGUGGCAAUCAGUUUUGAUAGCAAAGAAUAUUACAAAAGACUUCGAAAACAAAAAUCUCAAAAUAUUGUAGAUGCUGAUGUGACUGACCUCCCUGCAACUGAUAACGAACCACAACAAGAUAUGGAUGUCGCUGAAGAAGAUGCUAACAAAAUGGAUCCAAAUAGUACUGGUUUGCGCCCUUUUACUUUGCUCUCCAGACAAGGCAGUUAUAAAUCAGUAUCUGAGAAGUUGGAUGAUGAAGAUUUUGAUCCUUCAGUUGCUACGGAUACUGAAUCUGAUGGAGACAAAGCAGAUAACCAGGCUGUAUUGAGAUUACUUGAAGAAGGAGAAAAGAUUCGGCAUAUGUUCCGAUGUGCUAGAAUUCAAGGGCUGGAUACUUCAGAGGGCUUAUUACUUUUCUGUAAAGAACAUUUCUAUAUCAUUGAUGGAUUUACUUUGCUGUCAACAAAAGAAAUUUGUGAUAUUGAUUUACUGCCGCCAGGUCACCAAGAUCCAAUCAUUCCGCGAGCUACCCUGACAAAACGAACCACACAGAAGAGGCUAAAUAGUAAAUUUGCAUACGAGGACAUCAGGGAGGUCCAUAAACGAAGGUAUCUACUGCAGCCAAUUGCACUGGAAGUGUUCUCAUCGGACGGACGCAACUUCUUAUUGGCUUUCCCGAAACGGAUCAGGAAUAAAGUGAAUGCAAGGUUUAUAGCCGAGGCUACUGGUCUUACUGAUAGUGCCAGCCAAUCAGUGGCAGGACAGAAAAGAAAUGCACAAGUUGAAGUUGGGUCUGGCUUAUUUAGCAGUCUAAUGGGUGAGAAGUCUGUAACACAACGUUGGGAACGUGGUGAGAUCAGUAAUUUCCAGUAUCUUAUGUUUUUGAACACACUGGCUGGAAGGUCCUAUAAUGAUUUGAUGCAGUACCAGGUGUUUCCAUGGAUACUUGCCGAUUAUGAUUCUGAGGAACUUGAUCUGACUGAUAGUAGAACAUUCCGUGAUUUAUCUAAACCCAUGGGAGCCCAAACAGAGGAAAGAUUAAAACAGUUCAAUAAGAGAUUCAAUGACUGGGAAGAUCCCAAUGGUGAGACGCCUCCAUAUCACUACGGGACACAUUAUUCAUCUGCUAUGAUAGUUGCUUCUUAUCUGGUUAGAAUGGAAUCAUUUACACAACAUUUUCUAAGUUUACAGGGUGGUCAUUUUGACUUGGCGGACAGAAUGUUUCACAGCAUCAAAGAAGCGUGGUUAUCCGCAUCAAAACACAACAUGGCUGAUGUAAAGGAGCUGAUUCCAGAAUUCUUUUACCUCCCAGAAUUUCUCACAAAUUCAAAUAACUAUGAUUUAGGUGCCAAACAGAGUGGUGUGUGUUUAGGUGAUGUCAUCUUGCCACCCUGGGCAAAAGGUGAUCCAAGAGAGUUUAUCAGAGUACACAGAGAGGCUCUAGAAUGUGAUUAUGUGAGUGCUAAUCUGCAUCAUUGGAUUGACCUUAUCUUUGGAUACAAACAAAAUGGACCGCCGGCUGCAGAAGCUGUCAACGUGUUCCACUAUCUAUUCUACGAAGGUAAUGUGGAUAUAUACAGUAUUGAAGACCCUCUCAAGAAAAAUGCCACCAUUGGAUUUAUCAACAACUUUGGUCAAAUACCAACUCAGCUAUUCAAGAAAGCACACCCACAGCGGAGGAUCUUCAAUCGUAUUGGUGACAGUAGUGGCAAUACCAUUGUCUGUGUUGACAGGCUAUUCUAUAAUAACUUAGAUACACUGAAACCAACUUCCAAUCCCAUCAAAGGUAAGUACAUGUAAGCAGUCCAAGCCCUAGGAGGUAUGCAACAAAACAAGGUGCUGGUGCCUUCCAAUUAUACUAGAUAUAUAGCAUGGGGAUACGCAGACCUCAGUCUAAGGAUGGGUGGUUAUGACUCAGAAAAGGCACAUACUGUGUUUGAAGGAACUCAAUGUGGUGAGAUACUAUGUGCAGUAUGCCCAAACUCUAAGUUGCUAGUGACAGGUGGGACAAGCACUGUUGUCCAUGUAUGGUGUCUAAUGCUAAAUAAAGAAAAGUCAAGACAGCUGUCUUUGAAACAGGCGUUGUAUGGUCAUGACAAAGCAGUGACGUGCCUGGCUGCAUCAUCAGCGUAUAGCAUUAUAGUCAGUGGGUCGCGGGAUAAAACGUGUAUGGUAUGGGACCUCAAUAAGCUGAUAUUUGUACGUCAACUGCGAGAUCAUGCCGCUCCAGUGGCUGCUCUAGCCAUCAAUAAUGUCACAGGGGACAUUGUGACCUGUGCUGGUACAUUUCUUUAUGUAUGGGGUAUUAAUGGUGACUUAAUCGCUAGCGUGAAUACGUCAACUGGCCGAGAUCAACAGAUAUUAUGCUGUGUUGUCUCUGAGCUGGUUGAGUGGGACCCUUCUAAUGUGAUAGCUACAGGUUCCAGUGAUGGUGUAGUUCGGAUGUGGAGUAUAGAGUUUGUUCAAGUACCAGCCGACCCGCAGAGACAAGUAUCCGGUACAGAGAUUAGAGAUAUGGAUAGAAGGAAUGUAUCUGUGACGCUAGUAGAUUGUAAGCAGGCGUCAGUCGAUAGCAGUAUAUCGGAAGCUGAAACUAAGAGCGUUGACACUCAAAGUAUAGACAGUGUUGCAAUGUGUAGUGAACAGUUUACUCCAGGAAAUACCAGUUUACCAACACCAACAGGUGAUAACCAAUCAUUGUGUAGUACGACAGACGGGGAGAUGGUUUCUGGUUGCAGCUCACAUCAACUUGAUAUGUUGUACUUGGGUUCUGAGACGAAGGAGAACCCAGAGAAUGUUGAUGAACAUGAACAAGUUGACGUUGAGAGCACUGAGGAAAUAAGAACGAUGCAAAGUGGAGCUCUCUGCCAGCCUGAGAAUCAACAACAGUUGCAACUGAAAUUGGAGGAAAUAAGUAAUACUACAGAGAUAGACAAUGAAAUAAGUUCUGUAUCUUCAGUCUCACUUUCAGAACAGGUGAAUAAUGGGACUGUUAAUUUGGGAGUUGGUGAAGGACUGAGAGCUGAGUCACCCAUCAGUGAUUCUGGUUCGUACGAAGUGAUAUCAGAUUUAGAAAUCAAUGAUAUUCAUCAAGAGGCACGCAGAUUUCGAAGACAAGAUACAGGUCCACGGGCAUCUCAUAAACACAAACUCAAACCUGGUUUUAAGUGGGAAAGACAGUUGAUAUUUCGUAGUAAAUUGACACGCCAUACAGCAUAUGAAAGAAAAGACAAUGCACAUCCAUCCUCUGUUACAGCCUUAGCAAUUUCCAAAGAUCAUACCAAAGUCUACGUAGGUGAUGAUAGGGGGCGUAUAUUCAGUUGGACAGUGACUGACCAGCCAGGUAGAUCAGCUGCUGACCAUUGGGUCAAAGAUGAAAGCGGGGACAGCUGCGUUGCAUGCAAUACGAAGUUCUCAUUCUCAGAACGUAGGCACCACUGUCGCAAUUGUGGACAAUUAUUCUGUGCAAGAUGCAGCCGUUUUGAAAUUGAAAUUAACAGACUGCGCAUUAUGAAACCAGUUCGAGUUUGUCAGGCUUGUUACAAUAUACUGAAGGCUGAACAGGCUGCAGCUGCUAUGCAGAAAUCGUGA